UGAACCGUUGUCUUCAACUGAAAACCAGAAUUCUUGAGCGGUGCACCAACUUUGUCUGGCAACUCCCAGUCCAUUUCUCCGGUAAGUUUAGUGUGAUAAAAAAGCGCAUUGGACAAAUUUGGAUUUAACACGAGAGAUCGCUGUUCGUUUCUGCGAAUUAUUGAAUCACCUCAGUAUUGACCACCAGUUUACUAGCCCUGAACAUUAUCAAGUCGUACUCAUAAGGUGCAGCAAAGAAGAACAGUCAAUACAACAAACUUGGUUUGAACACGAGAUAGGUGAGAGCAAUCAUGUCUGAGCCGAACGCCAACGUGGUAGCAAAUCUGAACAAAGCAUUGAUAAACUCCAACUCAGGGAGCGACAAGAAUGAGAUGGCUGUCCUAAUGAUGUCUCCCAGUGUCAACUGGGCGGAGUUCCUGACUCCAGCACCCAUGACCAUCGCACUUCUGGGACAACUCAUGAUCAUUGCCGGCGAAAAGGACUUCUCGCUGGAAAAUCAAAGGCCUGAAAAAGGUUUCCAACAUAUUGAGCAUCCAGAGUCAUUUCGAGCAUGCUUGGUGCAAGUAAGCAACACUGGGUGGAGAGCUUUCAAUGAAGCCCACAAGAACAUGGACGCAAUCAGGCUCUACUCUGCUCAAGUUCCUAAUCAAGUGAAGAAAAUUGUCCGUACCCUCGUCCAGGGAAGCGAUGAGGACGUCAGAGAUUUUCUCCCAAUAGAACUCGGAAAGAUUGAGAGGAAUUCUGGAGAAUGCCUGCGCUUGGCACAAUCAGUUGAGGCGAAGUUUGAACACGUAAUGGAUCUGACGGGUGAGCUACUUGAAGUUUCUUCGGCUGCUAGGGGAUAUUAUCAGAAAACCCGAGAAGAAAUAGCAACGAAGAGAAAGAUUGCCCUGGAUAAAGAAAAAGACGCCCGCAAGAAAGUAAAAUUGGCAAAAGAACAACAAGAAAAGCUAGAGAAAGGAGUACGAGAGGCGAAACGAAGCUUUGAGAAGGCUGUAGACUCUAUGCCAAGCGGAUGGGAUCUUCUUGGUAUGGAGGUUGUUGAAACAAUCGUACAUGGUAUUUUUGACGGUCCCGGAAAUUCUGCACCAAGAGCAGAUCGGGGAAGGGAAACUGGUGCUGAGCAGUCGCCGACAGAAGAUCAAUCUGUGCCAGUUGGAGCUGCAGAGCAGUUGAAGCUUUACACUACUCAGUUGUCGGAAGAUCUUACUUCUGCUUCAGAGAAAGUUAAAGGCGAUACUGGCUCUAAGAAAGAAGAACCCUUGGAUAAAAAGCUUCAAACGAUGAAGAUAGUUAUGGAGACCUUACAGAAGGACCUAGCUGGGAAGGAUGCAGAUUCUAGUCACCCAGAAGUUCAAGAGCUAUUGAAGCAAGGUUUUGAGAUCAGCCGGGAAGGAGAAAAAAUAGCGUCGCAACUGAGCUUCACACCCGAUAAACUCAUCGGAAUUGCUAAGCAAGCAGCUAAUCUGAAAGAUAAGGUCAUGAAGUUUUGCACUAAAAGACGCGCAAAGACAGACGCGAAUCCGUACACUACGAAACCUCCACGGCAAGCAAAAUCCAUGGCCAGCUCUGCAAAUUCUGCCCGCCCAAGUGCAGCCAAGUCAGCAGUGGAAGGUGCACAGGUUAAAAUGGCCGAAACAAGGAGUCUUUUGGAAAGGCAAGAGGACCGCUACGAUCAAACAUGUCAGCAGCUAAAGGAAAGCAAUGAAGAAUUAAGUAAAGUGUUAGAAAGCCUUGCCGAAUUGAGCCCAGAGAAGCUUGCCGACUUCGACCAAAUAAGAAAUACCCUGAGGGAUGGUAUCAAGGCCCUGGCCUCGGUGCGGGAACAGUGGCAGAAACUGGUAGAGUUCUUCCAAUACGUCACCAAUAUUAUCAAGGUGUGUCAAAACGAAAGCCUAUCAAGCUUUGUUGAAUACGCCAAAGUGGGCCAAAAGCGAGCCCUGGAAAACGGCUAUGCUAGUGUGGAUUUCAUGCGUGACCUCAUCUAUGAGCAAGUGAGUCAAGCAAACACCACGUCUUAUGUGGUGUGGUCCAUAUCAGACACCUACGUGGAAAUAUCCCGAAAUCACCUGAUGAGCCGUCUGGCCAGUCUUGGCCAACUGAUCGCCUUGGAUCCAGAGAAGGACGGACGUACAAUUAAGCUGAAGAAGAGAGAGCUCAUGGAAGGCAGCCAAGACGCUCAAAGAGCUAUAGAAGCAAAGGUGUUCGAAGCCAAGAACCACUUCCACGAGAAAGUGACGAAGAGAAUCAAGCAGAUUGAAACGGAGUUGCUGAAAGUGCUUCCCCCUGCAGAUCCAGUAAGAAUAAAAGAAAUUGAAGAAAACGUGAAAGCUGGCAUCAAAGAAGCAGAUGAUUUUGAUGCAGACAAAUUCUAAGAGCACAAACUGAGGUAAAGCACUUUUCAAAAAAGUUCCUGUUUUUUUUUCCUGUUUUCCGGCCCGAGGCUGAACGACUUUAACUUUUACUUGAAUUCUAGUGAGCCUUAAAAUGUUUUGAAAACGUUCAUUUAUGUAAUUGUCAAACAAAUUGACAUGUAGGGUAUUAAUGACUUCGAAACGCAACCGGAUUGUACAUGGACAUGACCGUGUCGAUUCCAGUUUAGAUAUGAACAGUCCACACUGCGCCAGAGGAAUUUGAAAACGGAGGUUUCACUCUGAAAACGCAUCCGGCAAAUGUUUUCCGUCCACAUUGCGC